AUGAUUCCUGUAAAAACAAUCCUGAAAUUUUUCGAAAAGAAAAAAGAGGAAUUCGUGAAUUGGAUAUUUGGUGGUGAGUUUUCACUUUUUUAUUCGGGCUGGAAAAAAUGAAAAAUGUUUGGUUCUGGUAGCAGCAUUUUUAAAAAAUGCCAAUUUUUGAAAAACGUGUAAAAUAUAUGCAAUACAAUUUGUUUUACACGUUUUUCAUUUCUGGCAUUUCUAAAAAUUGUGUGUCACAAUAAAUAACAAUUUUCCCUUCUAUUUUUCAUAUUUCUGAAUAUUUUCAGCAUCAAUCGGUUCAGCUUUCGCUGCUCCAUUCCACCGCCGUGCAUUUGUUUCUGAGGUUUAUUCUGACACAAAUCAAGGAAAAGUCAAGUAUGGAAACAUCCGAUUUGCUCAAGGAGAUUGUACUUUUGUCGUUGAUGUUGCGUUCAAAUGUGCUCGUCAAAACCACUCAAAUAUCAAAAAUGUUUUCCCGAAAUUUGCAAUUCAACUCGAAGUCGAAGGAUUUGGUGGAAUCGCUAUCCAUUGUGUUUGCUCAUCCGCUUUGUCGCUCAACCAUUCACAAACCACUAACUAUGUGUUUUCACAAACCACUAACUAUAUCCAAUGA